AUGUUUCCUUACCUAUUCCUGUUGAUAUCACUCACCUUUAUCAAUAGUAUGAUGGUACCUUUACCAGUGUCAAAUUAUCCAAAAACACCGGUAUACAAUGGACAUCUGGCAGAUCCUUUUGCAUGGGAAUAUAACGGCAGUUAUUACAUGAUUGGUACUGGUAGCGAUCAAGGACAGUUCUUCCCCACUUUAAUAUCGAAUGAUGCAGAACAUUGGCAGUUUUAUGGAUAUGUGAUGAUUCCUAGAACGAAUACCAAUCUUACUGAUUAUUGGGCACCCGAAGUCGCUGUUCAUGAGAAUCUAUUUUAUCUUUAUUAUUCAGGCGGUAUUGGUGACAAACUUCAUCGUUUACGCGUAGCCACAUCGACAAAUCCAUUAGGACCUUAUCGAGAUGAUGGUGCGCAAGACUUGACCGAUAUAACAAAACUUCAGUUUGCUAUUGACCCUCAUGCAUUUCGAGACGUUGAUGGUAAAUGGUAUUUGUUUUAUAGUCGAGAUUUUCUUGAUACCAACGAUGGUUAUCGAGUUGGAACAGGCAUUGUUAUUGAUAUACUCGAAAAUAUGACAAAGUUAGGUGGAAAUGAAAGAGUUGUUUUGAGAGCUAAACAUGAUUGGCAACGUUUUGCGAAAGAUCGAUAUAUGCCUCAGUAUAAUGGCACAUGGGAUUGGUACACUCUUGAAGGAGCAGCCACGUGGAUGCAGGACGGGCGUUAUUAUUGUUUCUAUAGUGGAGGAAGAUGGGAAGAUGAAACAUACGGUGUGGAUUACGGUGUGUCGUCUAAUGUGCUAGGCCCUUAUGUUGAAGAUUCAGACACCCAAGCUCGUAUUACUCAUAGUAUCAAUGGAAUAAUUAUUGGACCCGGACAUAAUUCAAUAAUCUUGGGUCCUGAUCAGUACACACGUAUUGUCUAUCAUGCUUUGAACAAUGAUCGUACCAUGCGUUCGCCCUAUAUUAGUCAACUGGAUUGGUCACAGGUUAGUCCAAGUUCAAGUCCCACCACAACAACAUCUUCUGUAAACGAUUUGCAUCAUGAACAAGGUUUAAUACGCAUUGUUAUUUAUUUUCUUGUCUAUAUGUUUUCGUAUUCUUGGUUUUUCAUUAUGUAA